AUGAAGGACACUGGGUUGCACCACCGUGGCGAGCAAGACGAAGAGGAGGAAGAGCUGUGGCCGCCAGCCCCGACAAAGAUUGACUCGCUCCCCUUGACGCCCUCCGAAUACCAGCGCUAUGGUCGUCAAAUGAUCCUCCCUGGGUUUGGCGGCUUGCCGGCUCAGCUCAUCCUGAAACGCUCCCGUGUCCUCGUCGUAGGCGCAGGAGGUUUAGGCUGCCCAGCUGUGCAGUACCUGGCUCUGGGCGGGGUUGGACACAUCACCGUGGUGGAUCACGAUGUGGUUGAGAGGAGCAACCUGGCUAGGCAAUGUCUGCAUACCGAAAAGAGAAUCGGGAUGAGCAAGGCCGAAAGCAUCCGGGUGGCCGUAGAGGCCUUGAAUCCUCACGUCACUCUUGCACCAAUCACGCAGCAAUUCACAGCAUCAAACGCCCUUCCCCUCGUCUCCUCCCAUGACUUAGUGCUAGACUGCACGGACAACCCACUCACUCGCUACCUUAUCAACGACGCCGCAGUCUUGUGCGGCAAGGCCGUGGUAUCGGGCGCGGCACAGGGGUUAGAAGGGCAGCUCGUUGUACUACAUCGCGAGCUAUACGACAUCAACGGCGCUGGGAGCUCGGGCCGCGGGCCAUGCUAUCGCUGCCUCUUCCCAGUAGCCCCCCGCCCUCAAGACGUGACCGACUGUAGCGAGGGCGGCGUGCUGGGGACUAUCACUGGUCUGGUGGGGACGUUGCAGGCUAAUGAGACGAUCAAGUUGCUCCUCGAAGGGCUGCAUCGCUCAGCAGACGGAAAUGGGGAGGGCUCACCAUCUCCACCGACGCCUACGAUGCUCCUGGCCAGCCCAAUGAGCGUCGCCUCCUCGACGCUCUUUCGAAGCAUCAAGCUCCGCCCACGCCGCACUGAUUGUCGAGUCUGCGGUGAUGAGACGGCGCUCACGGCAAAGGGGCUGCGUCGUAUCUCCUCCUUGGAAGAGGAGGACUAUAUCUCCUUCUGCGGGCUUGCCACCCUACCGCCAACAGGACCAGGUACUGAGGUCGAGGAUUACGAGCGACGUGCGAGGACGAGCGUGCAAGACCUAACAAACUUGCCACGACGACCGCGAUUGGUCGUUGACGUACGGACUGAAGAGGAGUGGAGCAUCAUUCGACUACCGAGAGGUGUGAAUACGAUCAGUGAGUGUCGCGCGACGGCCUUGCGGGCAAAGCAGAGGGGAAGCAAGCAAGCUGACAAAGAAGAGCUGUCCCUCUCUCUCUCCACCAGACACGUUCCAGUCCUCUGCAAGCGCGGCAAUGACUCCAAGAUGGCCGUCGCGGCACUUGAGCAGCUCCUGCGCUUCGUAGACAUCACCGGCGGGCUGACGGCGUGGAGUAAGCAGGUAGACCCUGGUUUCCCAAUGUACUGA